AUGCACAUCAUCCCGCGCCGUGUGCCUGCUGGCCAGGCCUCUUCUCCGCAGGCCAAGCGCCUGCCUUCCUCUGGCUGGGCCAAUGCCGACAACGACGACGACGCCCAGCUAGCCGCCCGCCAAGUGUUCACCACCGUUACACCUGUGGUAUUCACUGGCGAGGGCUUUACCUUCACACUCAAUGGCCCUGCGACGUUUACGAUCCGCCCUCCAGCCACUACUACAACGACCACACCCGUGGUUGCCAAUACCCCUCCCCCUCCGCCCCCACCCCCACCACCAGCUCCUCCCAUCGUCUCUGUCUCAUCUGGCUUUGUUGCUGCCCCACCAACACAACAAACACCAGUUGUAUCAGUGAUAAGCCCCAACCCAAGUAGCGACCGCAACAAGUCGAACAACAACACCACUACCUCCAAUGCCGCUGCACAGAACAACACCCCUCUGGGCGCCAGCCUCACCAACAAGGGCAGCAGUGUUCCCACGGGGGCCAUCAUCGGCAUCGCGCUCGCCAUCGUUCUCCUCAUUCUUGCCGCAUUCGUCUUCCUUGUCCGCCAACGUGCCAUCCGCCAACGCAAACUUCGGCGCGCUACCGCGCCUUGGGCCACUGGUGCUGCUGGGUUUGCCCAGCCUCCACCCAUACCUGCAGGCAGCUUUGGCGGUUACGCUGAUGCGGAGAAGAGCAUGAUGGACGACCAGAAUCCUGGCAUGGCAUUUGCACGUGCCCAGGCAGCUGCCCUCAGCGCUCCUCCAAUGGCUGUCCCGAUGGCUCCGCCCAGCGCAUAUGGUGCGCCUGCACCUGUUGUGCCGUUGUCUAGCACCGCCUCUGGCACAGCCACGGUCCGUUACGAGUUCAUCCCGUCGUUGCCUGACGAGCUGUCGAUUGUCACUGGGGAGGUGGUCCGUGUGGUUGCCGAGUACGACGAUGGCUGGGCAUUGUGUGCAAACUCGCGGAACGAGCAGGGGAUGGUUCCUCUUGAGUGUCUCGACCGCAAUACUGGUGGUGGGCUACUGCCGCCUGGCAGAAACUCGCGUAGGGGGAGUAGUCUUGGAAAUGGUUAUUGA